AUGUCGACUGACAAAGCGCAACAUGCCCCGCCAAAUCCAGAACUCAUCAGCCUUUCAACACUUCCCCUUCCACCAGUUGCACCCAGCAACGAUACCGGUGCUUGCAUGCCAGAAGUGAAUCCAAAUGGCACUGGAUGCAUGACUCUUGCUUCAAAUCAGGACUUCCAAGCAGGCGGCUUUCUAUUGGAUGGAAAGCAUGUUUUGGUGCACGUCACCUUUACAGGCGCUCCGUCAUCUCCGGGCUCAUCCAGUGUUUACAACGGUAGCCAAAUUAUCGCCGUAAAGACCGAAGGCCAGAACUUUCCUGGUAGAAGUCCGUGGAAAUGUCUUACUUGUGGACUGGCCGAGAAUAACACAAGAGGAAUGAGCCCAACAUACAGCUACCCCCAGGCUUUUGGUGACGGAAAAAGAGUUCUCUUCGGUACCAAUAUACUCGAUUGCCGGCCGCAUAAACUGGUUGAUGCGGCUUGUACACCUGAGCUCACCCACGUUUAUCCCAUACGGUGGGAUACUAGCCCUGAUGGGACCGGGGAGGGCGGCGCCAUUCGGGAGCUGCGUUUGCACCCCGAUGACCUCCAUCUUGGAUUCAAUGCUUUCACAACUAACGGUCCAAAGAUCGCCGGCAUACCACUUGUUCCGCGUUACGAUCUCGUCAAAGUCACCCGACUGUUCAACCCAGAAGCAGACCAACCUAUUACGACGCAUGAUAAACACAUCACCAUCAAUAGGAACGCCAUAGCUGUAGGCGAGCUUCGUAGUUUCAGCGGCAGGGGAACUGAAGCUACGUACAUAGGCUAUCCUGCCGAGUCCUCCAACAUUGACGUCUUCGCUGUUCACUUGGAGACUGGCAAGGUGCGGCGACUUACAAGACACCCAGAAUAUUGCGAUCCGAUUGCUAUCUCACCUGACGAUAAUUGGAUGGCGGCUUUGGAUACGCGAGGAACGGACCGUCAAAUGUGGCUCUCUGGCAUGAGACAUAUCCCUCCUAUUACCGACCUGAUCAGCACGUCAAUUACAUCCUCGACGAGAAACAACGAGCAGAGAAGGUUCUUCAGGCCGUAUCUCUUGGAUCGGCAUGGCGAUCGCGGGGAAUACUUUGGUCAGAAGAUCUAUGGGGAAGGGGAAGGCGUUCCUGGCAGCGGCGAUUAUAACGACCCCGAAUGGAAUGCAAUGGCUGAUCCGAGAUGGUCUCCGGAUGGCACUCAGAUUGUUUACGGUGAAGCUCAAACACUACCUCCUGCGUGCGGAGGAACAAACCCGCUUCCUUGCUAUGCGUCUAAGGAACCGGGAGGCAGACGAGUACGUGUAGUGUUGGCAACUCUUACUACUCGGGAACCUCUCAAUCUUCCUGUAGUCAAUCCAAUCUCAGAUGAAGUCCCAUGGGGUGUCAAGUACUCUCCAGGAGACAUUGAUCCACAGCGUCCCCAGCCGACACCUGGCAAAUACACACUGAUGGGGCUCAGUUGUGGAUAUGCAAGUGUUGAGAUCGUUGGGGCAGAUGAUGCAUCUAUCAGUGAGAUCAGCGUAGUCUAUCAUCACUUCUCAGAUGAUGGAUCAACGUUCCUGUCAGGAUCAGAAACAGUUCGCGCCACGUUGCCAUCUCUGACGCUGAGUCAAGUCGACUGGUAUUCUGACCUGAAUCAAACUGAAAAUUCAAUGAAUACAAAAAAGACAAGUCCAGGUGGCUUCCAUCUGACUAUUGACGUUUUGAAGAACAUAUUCCAGGCAAAUGGGAUCAUGAACACCACGAUUAACGGCAAUCUCUAUACACAGCCCGCAAAUGGAACGUGA